AUGUCAUCUUAUAAAUUAGUUUGUUUAGGUAAUCCAUUAUUGGAUUUACAAGCCAAAGUUGAAAAAGAUUAUUUACAAAAAUAUGAUUUAAAAGAUAAUGAUGCCAUUUUAGCUGAUACCAAACAUAUGCCAAUUUUUCAAGAAUUAAUUAAACGGGAUGAUUUAGUUUUAGUUGCUGGUGGAGCUGCUCAAAAUACUGCUAGAGGAGCUCAAUAUAUUUUACCACCAAAAUCAGUAGUUUAUUUUGGAUCAGUUGGUAAAGAUAUUUAUGCUGAAAGAUUAAAUCAAGCUAAUGAAGAAUAUGGUUUAAUUACAAAAUAUCAAAUUCAACCAAAUAUUUCUACUGGUAAAUGUGCUGCUUUAAUUCAUAAUCAUGAUAGAUCUUUAGUUACUGAUUUGGCAGCUGCUAAUCAUUUUACUCCUGAUCAUUUACAAAAAUUAGAAAAUUGGGAAAUUAUUGAAAAUGCUGGAUUUUAUUAUAUUGGAGGAUUUCAUUUAACAGUUUCUCCACCAGCAAUUAAAUUAUUAGGUGAACAUGCUAGUAAAAAUAAUAAACCUUUAAUUUUAAAUUUUUCAGCUCCAUUUAUUCCUCAAUUUUUUAAACAACAAUUGGAUGAAAUUUUACCUUAUGUUGAUUAUGUCAUUGCUAAUGAAAGUGAAGCUGCUGCUUAUAGUGAAAGUCAUGAUUUAAAAACUACUAAUAUUGUAGAAAUUGCUAAAAAAAUUGUUAAAUUACCUAAAAAAAAUAAUCAAAUUUCUAGAACAGUUAUUUUCACUCAAGGAUUAGAUCCAACUAUUACUGUUACUUAUGAUAUUAAUAAAGAUUCAUUUGAUAUUCAACAAUAUCCCGUUAAAGAAUUGGAUAAAGAAAAAGUUGUUGAUACUAAUGGUGCUGGUGAUGCUUUUGCUGCUGGAUUUGUUGCUUCAUUGGUUCAAGGUAAAAAUUUACCUCAAUCAAUUGAUGUUGGUCAAUGGGCUGCGGCUUUAUCUAUUCAAGAAGUUGGUCCAACUUUCCCAUUCCCAAAACAAACUUAUUCUAAUUAA